AUGGCAGGCUUGUUCAAGCUUGGUGCCAAGGUCUUGCCACUCUCUGUUGACAACAUCGGCAAGCUCCACAGGGUCUGGGGCGGCUCGAUGGAUAUCAAGACUGGGGAUCUCUACCACUUCACCGUCUAUCCGCAGGUGGACUCCAUCGAGCCCAGCGAGGGCGGCAGCUUUGGUGGCAACAACCUGACGCUCCACGGCACCUCCUUUGCGGUGCAGCCGGAGGCCAACGAGGUGACGGUGGGCGGGAAGACCUGUACCGCUUGA